ACAUGUCGCAUCCCAUUCAGCGAUUUAAGCUCGCUUCCGCCAGACACGUCGCGUAACAUUUAUUUGCAUCGUUAAUAACAGAAACAGGGGAUCAAGUUCAAUUUUACGUCGUUUCAGAAUUAACGUUGCACAAUUGAACGCCUUUUUGUAGGUUAUUCUCUUAUUCUUUCGCGUUUUCAUUUGUAAAAAGAACAAUGCCAAGAAUUCGUACUUCACGGUCAAAAAGACCUCCUGAAGGAUUCGACGCGAUUGAGCCAACUUUGCUCGAGUUUCAGGACAUGAUGCGUCAAGCUGAAAACACGCCCUCUAAAAAAACAAAAUCAGAAGCUCUUGCUCCCAUUUUUCGGAUACACCAUCAACGGAGCCGCUAUGUCUACGACCUGUACUAUAAACGUGAAGCUAUAUCGACAGAAUUGUACGAAUGGUUAUUAAAACAAAACUAUGCAGACGCCAACUUGAUUGCCAAGUGGAAAAAACCAGGUUACGAGAAGUUGUGCUGUCUCAAAUGCAUUCAGACCAGUGAGUCGAAAUUUGGUUCCACUUGCAUUUGUCGUGUUCCAAAGGCAAAACUCGGAAAAGAUACCCAUGUUGAAUGCGUUCACUGCGGUUGUCAUGGAUGUGCUAGUGGUUCGUAAGACAAAUCGCCUACACUUACGUUUUCGCAUUCCUUUUUUUUUUGAAUCAUAUUUCAUUGCGAUAGCUUGUACACCGUGUGUAGAUGUUUUCUAAAGGUUCCAUUAAAAUCGUUUCGUUAAACAAAAAAAGAGUGUGAAACGUUUUGGUAUCAAGUGCUUUCUUUCCCUACAGUAGUGGACUUGCAGAAAUGCUUCUUUCCUGCUGAAUCCAUGUAUUACCAUCAAUUUCGGACUGAAACUCGGCAAGUACUUUUUUAAACUCUUCCAUCAUCUUGUCUUGCGGCAUGUCUCUUGACACACGCGCCUUCCAGGUUCUCAUGACACGAUUGAUAAGCUCCAUUCCUUCCUUUCGUGCUUUUUUCUGUUCUGGCCCUUCGUUUUCAGUGUUGGAGGUGUUCGUUUCCUCCAGUUCCCUUGCCUUCAUUCGAGCCAUCUGAAUAAUUUUUUGUGGGAAUUGUGCCAACUCGGCAACGUGUAUACCAAAACUCCUGUCGCUGGCACCAUUGCAGACUUGAUAGAGGAAGGAUAUGUCCUUCGUGUUAUCCUCACUGACAAGUGCCGUGACAUGAAGGUUUUGAACGACGGGCGUUGUUUCUGCCAUCUUCGUAAGCUCGUGAAAAUGUGUUGCAAAAAGACAGAAGCAGUCAAUUCGCUUGACAAUGUACUCUGCAAUUGCCCAAGCUAAUCCAAAUCCAUCUGUGGUACUGGUGCCUCGACCCAAUUCAUCCACGAUGAUUAAUGAUCGCGGUGAUGCCGACCGGAGAAUGGUGGCUGUUUCAAGCAUUUCUGCCAUAAACGUAGAGACACCUUUGAGCUGGGAAUCGCCGGCACCAACACGAGCCAAGACACUAUCGACGAUGUCGAGAUCUGCAGACUCGCAGGGAACGAAACAUCCAAUUUGGGCCAUGACAACUAUUACACCCACUUGCCGAAUGUAAGUUGAUUUUCCACCCAUGUUUGGUCCUGUAAUAAUGAGCAAUUGACGUUUGCCGUGUUCGAGUCGAACAUCGUUGGGGAUGAAAUUAACAUCGUCUUGCACUUCUAAGCAAGGAUGCCGUGAAGCUUUUAGUACCAGUUUUGUGCAUGGCGUUCGGGAGAGUAUUUUCCGGAAUGGCACAGAUUGGAAUUUCGUUUCUGAAAUCGUACUGUCCGGGACUCCCUCCUCGUUUUCUUCUAUAGAGGCGGCAUCAGCUACUGAUGCUGCCGUCACAUCACAGUGGACGUUUGGACGCACAUAAGGAAUGGGCGCAAUAGUGCUCGCAUGAGCAAAACUAACAAUCACAUCUAGGUGAGCAAGGAGAUUGCCCACGUCCUCUAAUGGUGCAUAGUAAGUCGCCGCAAUCUUAACCACUUCACGAGCCAAGCCAUUCUGGUGAUAGGUGUAGCUGCGAUGUAAAUCAGUAUAGGUCGUAUUAAAUCCAUGCAAACGACUCGUUGUGAAGUAAACGCCAUUCUUUUGUGUUGCCAGCUCCGUAUAGCGAGAACCUUUUCCGCGUAAACAUCCAGCUUCUGUGCGCGUAAGUCGCAGACACCAGCCGUAAAUGUGGUGAUGCUCCAGGUGAAGCUUUUUCUCCGUGUCAAGUCCCAAAUCGUCACCAGCACGUUCGUGUUCCUUGUAAAUGGAACGACGAAGCUCGUCAAGCUGCUGUCGCAACUCCAUUAAUUCUUCAUCAAAUUCAGCCUUAAUAACAUAGCGAUGGGCAUCAAGGGCCUUCAGGUCGAUGGUUGUAUUAACAAGCUCAAUAAGUUUGGCAAGAUCACCCGCAUAGCCCUCAAUUCGCUGGGUGUACAAUUGGUUAAGGAGAUCCUUCUUGGGCGAGCUUGAUUCCUUAAGAACAUCGACAAAGUACGGCAAAGCAAGCGCCAUCUGAUAUACACGUACAACGUCCUCCAAACUUGCUGUUCCGCGAAUAAGUCGACGUGACAAUCUAGGAACAUCCGGAAUACACCGAAGCAAACGGUCAUCAUCCAUCAGGAGCUGUCGCACCUCCGCGUCCUCCACGAAAGCCUCGACCAAAUCAAGUCGUGUGUUGAUGGCAUCUGCAUCCAACAGCGGUUGUGAAAGCCAUCUUCGCAGCUGACGCAUUCCCAUAGCCGUCCGACAAUGGUUCAACAAGCCGAACAGGCUCAUGCUUUUAUUGUUGUUUCCACCUGCUGCGGGAAAGAGAUUCAAGGCGGCGACGGCUGGAACAUCCAGGCGCAUGUAAUGUUCCAAAUUGUGUUCAUAAAAGGAGAAGGUGCGAGAAGUCUCCUUCUCUUGUUCCCCACUGUCCUCUGCCUCGUCCUCUUCCGUUGUUGAAGACAUCGAGCCAACAAGACUCGGACCGACAUACUUGAGGAGUGCAGCACAAGAAGCCAUUGCGAGCUGUAAAGAGAGUUCUGGAGUUGUAGCAUGAGAAACAGGUUUACCGAGAACGCGUGACAGCAGCACUUCAACAUCCCGGCUUGAGAAGUCAGACAUGCGAACGCCGGUGACUAAAGCACCCGCAGACUCUCCAAUGUUAUGGAGUCGAUUAAGCUCCAUUUUUGCGGCAGAGCUCUGCGACUCUGUCUGUGCACCAGCGGAGGCAAGCAGUAUCUCGCGAGCCCCUGUCUGUACAAGUAGGGAUUCGAAGUUCGCAUAGGAAUCCGAGUCAACAAACUCACAUACACCAAUUUGUCGAAGAGAGACAUCGAUAAAAGCGACUCCAACCAUUCGUUGAUCUUGUCGAACGCGUGUGGUCACUGCAAGCAAAAUUCCGCUUGUUGAAUCUUCCGUUGCGACACUAUUCAAUGUAUCGUUUGAGAGUUCAUCCUCUAAACUCUGCAGAUUUCCCGGACUAGCUUGUUUCACUAACGUCAAUUCACGUUUCUUUCCUGUUGGAGCCCAGAUAUGAACGCGCUUGGCAUGCGUUGAAAGUACUUGCCGAGCAAAGGAAGGAAACAAGCUGUAUGACAUUGUACAGUACGGAAUCUUCUUUACGCCAUAGUAUUUGAGAACGGAAGUUGUGUGAUAAGCAGUAUUUGCUACAAAUUCAGCAUCCUGACCCAGAGCGAAAUAACUUUCCUGUGAAAGUUCUAGUUAGUUCAUUUGCACAUAGGAAUUGUGAGUUUCGUCGACGCGUUUUGCCGACCAGAGCACCUGCCCGUGUUCACAAUGAGCUUUGCAUACACCUCUGUCGAAAAGUGUGAGCGUAUUUACGUCUUUUUCUAAUGUAUCGUAAAAGGCGAAGAUACGCGCUUCUUCGCUCUUUUCUGUCCCAAAUUGAGUUAGCACGAACAAGACCAAUAAAUUCACUUACCAGCGUUA